AUGUCAACUCAACUAAUGAAGCCCGUACGACUACUCAUUCUUGGAGCUCCCGGGUCUGGCAAAGGAACUCAGACUGCGCGAUUGUUGACGAAAUUUCCCCAGCUUAAUUCUAUCUCAUCCGGAGAUCUGCUACGUCAACAGAUACAGAAAAAGACACCGUUGGGUUCCUUAGCAGCAUCUUACAUCUUCGAGGGCAAGCUGUUACCAGACGAAGUGGUCACAAGAUUGAUCAAGGGCCACCUCCAGCAAGCAGGCUGGUUAUCUCGGGAAGCUACUUGGCUUCUAGAUGGAUUUCCGCGUACUCUUGAGCAGGGGAAGAUGCUCAGAGCAGCGCUGUCUAAGUAUGACACCGGCUUGACUCUGGUUGUAGAACUGGACGUUCCGGAAAGCGUUAUACUCGAGAGAAUCGAGAACAGGUACGUUCAUGUACCAAGCGGUAGAGUGUAUAAUCUGCAAUACAAGCCGCCCAAAAUCCCAGGAAUCGAUGAUAUCACUGGGGAGCCACUGAGCAAAAGGCCUGAUGACACGGCGGAGGUUUUCAAGAGACGGCUGGACGAGUAUCACAGGACGGCAAGUCCUUUGAAGGAAUUCUACGCGCAGAGAGGCCUUUUGGAGACAGUCUCUGGCGACACAUCCGAUAUCAUAACACCGAAACUCUUCGAGCUGAUCGAGAAGCACCGCAGUGAGCACUGA